AUGUACACGAUCUACAGCACUCGAGCCAAUGUCCGCAAGCCGGAGAAUUAUGCCGCCAUGAGUGCUAGUCGAAGAACUCCCAACACCAUCUCUGCCACCGAUAAAACCGUCCAUGGCUUCAAACGUCGCAUAAUGUCCCAGAUCUUCUCCGAGCAAGGCCUGAGGGUUGUUGAAGACCGCUUCAUACCUAGAAUAGAUGACUUUAUCUCGCUACUUUGGGAUGGCACUGAAAAUGGUCGGAACGGCACCAAAAGCGAGGAGGAAUGGGGAAGCCCGAAGGAAAUGGCAUCGAUAUGCGGCUGGUUGGCAUUUGACAUCAUCAGUGACCUUAGCUUUGGCGAGCAUUUCAACAUGUUGAAGUCUCCCGAGCUGCGAUGGUUCCCUUCUGUCAUACAGAAGCUUUCCCAAAGAGUCGCUAUUGGCAUGCUUCAACCCAAUUUUACUAAUCUUAAGAUAGAUCGACUGUUCAUGGCAUCGCAGCUCAAAGAUAUCCUGAAUGCCGGGACAUGGAUUCGCAAGCGCUCGGAGUUACGGGCCUGCCUUGGUAACGACAUCAAACAAAAGGAUCUCAUUUACAAUAUGAUGAAUGCCACUGAUCCAAAAACUGGGUUAAGCUUUACCCAGAAGGAUCUUUGGCUGGAGUCCAUCAUGCUGCUCACUGCCGGCUCGGAUACGACCUCCGCUGCAUUAAGCGGUGCAUUGUUUCUCCUAGCACACCACCCAGCCGCACUUGCGCGUUUAACAGAAGAACUCCGCAUGACCUUCUGCAACGAAAGCGAGAUCCGCAUGGGCCAGCAACUCAACUCGUGCAAAUUCCUCCAAGCUUGUAUCAACGAGUCAUUACGUUUAAUACCCCCUGUUCCAAAUUCCGCUCCGCGCAUAGUCCAAGAAGGUGGGAUUCAGAUCGACCAGGAGUUUAUCCCCGCUGGAAUCACAGUCGGCACAUGCAUCUACACACUUCAUCGGAACCCAAGACACUUCUCCGACCCUGAAGAGUUCCACCCGGAGCGAUGGCUUGUCAAUUCAACGGAGCGAAAUGCGGAAGGGGAGAGUAUCAGUACCAACAGAGAAGGAUUUUCCCCGUUCAGUCAUGGACCUCGGUCUUGUGUUGCGUGGAGACUCGCGUGGGUGGAGCUGAACAUCACCAUUGCACGGACACUUUUCCGAUAUGAUAUAAGAUUAGCGCCUGGGCUUUCGUGCUGUGGUGGCGCACGCAAUGAUUGCCAAUAUCUGUCAAAGGGAUUCAUCACUGCUGCGGUCGAGGGUCCAUGGGUACAAUUCCGCCCUGCCUGA